AUAGGGUGUCCAGCAAUUCUUGUUCAUCGUUUCUGUUUUCUUGAGCUGAAUUUAGAUAUGCUCUUAGGAGAACAUCCCAUAUUACAUUUUUAAAGAAGUUGAAUUUUUAAAUUACGAUACAUGUUCAGGGAAUAAGGGUCACUAUCCUUAAAAUAGUUUGUUUGCCAUAUUGUCAAAUGAUUCAAAAAAGGAAAAUCUUUGAUUCAGUUUUAUGUAUUACAGCUUUAUCAUAAGGGAUUCUUACUAAAAUUUAUAGAAAUCAGACUGAUCAUUUUAUUUGUAUCAACAAAUUAUUAACCAUACUUUUGCCUAUUCACAGGCUUGUAUUUAAUAAACUCACAAGUUAAGCAUGAGAGCUGUGACCUCUGUGAUGUGUAACAUUACCCAAUUUUCCAGGAGGAUUUAGUCCCAUUCUGAUCCCUGUUCUUCUCUCCAUAUGUGUACACUUUCAUGCUUGUCGAAAACACAACCAUAUCGUUACUCUUUUCAUGGUAGCUUAACAGAAAAAUGGCGGGUAAUUUUGGAUCAUUCAAGCACAGUUUCCUAAGAACACCUAGAGAUAGGUGGCUAUCAAGAAAGACCUAUCCUGAACUGGGGUUUCUGGAAGGCGACUAUCCUAAUGAAGAUGAGAGUUUCUGGUCAAGAUUUCACGAAAAACUCAUUAAAUUUAGAUGUGAUGUUGAGAAUGGUAUUUUUAAGGCCUUUAAAAUGGGUCGAUCAGAUCCCAGGAAAGUUGUUUUUGCAGCUAAGAUGGGGUUGGCUCUGGUGAUUGUUUCGCUUCUUAUUUUCUUUAGAGAGCCAUUGUCUUAUAUCGGGCAACAGUCAAUCUGGGCAAUUCUUACUGUCGUGGUUGUGUUUGAAUUUAGUAUAGGAGCUACGCUUAGUAAGGGAUUUAACCGUGCUGUGGGGACGCUUUUAGCUGGAGCGUUGGCUCUUUGUAAUGCAGAACUAUCCCAGAUGGCUGGAAAGUUUCAAGAAGUUGUGAUUGUUACUAGCAUCUUCAUUGCAGGUUUCUUCGCGAGCUAUCUGAAACAACAUCCAGCAAUGAAGCAAUAUGAAUAUGGAUUUCGUUGUUUCUUGUUGACGUAUUGUAUUGUUCUGGUAUCCGGGAUGUCACAUUUUGUUAAAACAGCUUUUUCAAGAUUGUUAUUGAUCUCUGUCGGAGCUGGUGUUUGUAUGGUCAUAAACAUAUGCAUUUACCCCAUCUGGUCAGGAGAGGAUCUGCACAAAUUGGUUGUGAAAAACUUCAGAGGUGUUGCCAACUCCUUGGAAGGCUGCGUUAAGAGGUACCUGGACUGUGUCGAAUAUGAAAGAAUUCCUUCAAAAAUUCUUGUAUAUCAAGCUUCUGAUGAUCCAUUGUACAGCGGAUAUAGAGCUGCUGUACAGUCUACUAGCCAAGAGGAAACCUUGUUAGGUUUUGCUGUAUGGGAACCGCCUCAUGGUCGUUACAAAAUGUUCAAUUAUCCGUGGAGUACCUAUGUCAAAGUCAGUGGUGCAUUAAGGCAUUGCGCGUUUACAAUCAUGGCUAUGCAUGGAUGUAUACUUAGCGAGAUACAGGCAGCGGCUGAGUUGAGACAGGUUUUCAGGAGUGAGAUUCAGAAAGUUGGCACUGCAGGUGCUAAAGUGUUACUUGAGCUUGGCGCGAAGGUUGAAAGGAUGGAGAAAUUAAGCCCGGAAGAUUUGCUAGCAGAAGUGCAUGAGGCUGCAGAAGAGUUGCAACUGGCAAUUGACAAGAAAUCAUACCUUCUGAUCAAUGCUGAGAGUUGGGCAAGUACCAGAAUGCCAAAGGAAUUUGAGGAUCCCAACAAUAUACAAGAACUGAAGGAUUCUGAAAACAAGAAUCUGCUUAUAAGCUCCCUCAGUCAAGUAGCGGGCCAUUUAAGAUCAAUGCACACGCCAAAGCACCCGAACAUGAGCCAAGCUCUGUCGUUUGGAGUUGCUUCGUCUGAAGAUAUUUCCAGGCAGCAACAAUGGCCCUCACGUUUAUCCAUGCUUGGUGACACCGUUCUUAAUGAACGCGAGGUACAUACAUAUGAAAGUGCAAGUGCGCUGUCAUUAGCUACCUUCACUUCCUUGCUGAUGGAGUUUGUUGCAAGGCUUCAGAACCUUGUUACAUCAUUCGAGGAGCUCAGUGAGAAGGCAAAAUUUACAGAACCUUCACCAAACACAGCCGUAUUUGUGGAGUAGUUCACUGGAGGGGACAACAGGAUUCAUGCUCUUUCUUGAGCCAAGUUGCCUCAAAGGAUGGCUCGACUGAAUUCAACUUGGUCCAGAUGCUGCGGGAAGAGAAAAGACGAGAUGAACGAAAUAGGCUAAGUACGAUAAUUUCUGUUUGUGGUUCAUGUGUCUCUUUCUUAUGGCAUAGGAUACUAAUACAAGGAUUACUUAAUGAAACACUUGGAAGCCGGAAUUUCUGUAAAUUAAUCCCUUUUAUUUCCAGUUCAUCUUCCAGAUGCGUGCUAUGUUAUUCAGCUGUAUCGGUACACUUUAAAGGGCGCACAUAUAUACCUGAACAGACCUGCAAUCUAUGUUAUCUGGACUCAGGCUAGGAGCCUCUAUAGUAGUUGCAUGUCCAAGUGUCCG